UCACCAUGCAUUACUAAUGACAAGGGUCAGGUCAAGUAUUAGUAUUCACUCACGUAGCUUACUCUAUAGAAUGCGAAUGCCUAGUUUGAAGCGUCCAUCAUCGGAUGGCUUCAGAGUUUGCCACUAUAAUGCCUAUUUAUUAUUUUGUAUUCCCACAAAAAGCUGUAUAUUUUGUCGCUGCCGACUUGAAAGAAGCUGAAGACAUUUUCGCUAUGGAUGGGGUUACGCUGUAUCUUAGUUUAGUGAGCGUGUGCGGGGGUCUGGCCAAUCUCUUAGUCCUGGUCGUACUAUUACGGCACUUGAGAAGUCUACGAGUUCCGGAAAUCUUCAUCUUAAGUAUUACCCUUUCCGACUUCUUGUCCUGUGCAGUUGGGAUACCUCUAGCCAUACACGCAAGUAUAGCAGGAACCUGGCCGUAUUGUCUGGAAGGCUGUAAGGCCCACGCAUUCUUCAUCUACACUUUUGGGCUGGUGUCUCUUGUCCACCUUGCGAUCAUGGCAUUUGAAAAGUACCUGACCAUCUUCAAACAUAUGUCAAAAUGGGGGAAUUUUCUGAGCAAGAGAGGAGCUUCGCUUAUCGUGGUCGGCUUGUGGGUGUAUUGCUUGUUUUUCACCGUACCACCUUUAUUUGGUUGGGCGGCGUAUGGGUUGGAAAACGGUAACCUUACAUGCUCCAUAAAAUUUGACAGUCGUCAUCCUGUGGAUAUUUCUUACUAUGUAGUUAUGUACAUUGGAGGAUUUUUCAUCCCGCUUGGCCUAAUUCUUUACAGUUAUUACCACAUAAACAAGGUAAAACAUAGGGUGGCAGUUCGAAAGUACGCUUCCAAUGACGUGAACAGAGUGGCUCAUAUCCGCAGAAAUGUUAAGUACGCGGUAAAGCUGGCGUUGCUGAUUGGAGGGUACUUAUUAUCCUGGGCACCAUAUAGUGUCAUAACAUUCUUGAUUGUACUCCAGGUAGAGCUGAGUGACCAGGCCGUGUAUGUGCCCAGUCUCUUCGCCAAAACCAGCUUUAUGUACAAUCCCUUCUUGUACUUGGUCUUCUUCAGAUCUUUUCGAAAAAAGCUUUUCGUCACUCUCACGACAAGAGAGUAUCGGGCACGGCGAAGAAGGAAAAUGUUGCUUGAGUAUUUUCCCCAUUUGACGAAUGAAAGUACUAGCACAAGCCACACUGCAGGGGCUGUACCGUUACAAAUUAGAGUAAAUGUGCGUCCAGAUUCUAUCCCAUUUAUUGUACCCACUGGCGCACCCCUCGAAACCAGGUUAUAAACGGAGAAUAAUCAUCAUCAUCACCAACCCACCACCACCAUCACAACAACCAUCGCCAUCACAACCACCACCAUCACCACCACCACCGCCACAACCACUAUCAUCAUCAUCAUAUCUUCACUACCACCAUAACCAUCAUCAUCAUCAUCUCCAUCAUAACACCAGCCCCGUAGGCUGGAUUUAGCGGUUGUUAGGAACUUUAACAACAACAGAUACUGGCGGCGUAUGGGUGCGUCCGAACAGCCCGCGGCCCCCUUCCCCUAGCCCACGGAUAUAUUACCACAUUCGUAAUCGUUUCUGUAUAGCAUUACCUUAUCGGUAUAUCAUACCUUUAACUCAUUUUCUUUAUGUCCCUUAGCACAAUACUUAUCUUACGCUUAAAAUACCUUGCUGGAAAGUGUGAAAUACGUAAUACAAAAAUGUAAUAUAAAAGCAAUUUUAAAGGAUAUAAACUCCACCGAUGUACAAUAGCGUUGGCAUCUAAGAGCAAAAAGUAUGGAAUUAAAAUAUGGUGGUAUGACCCGUA